CAUUGUACUGUAUGUCUUUCCUUUACUCUAUAACAGGAUAUUGAAAAUCCGGCACAAGAAAUGAAACCAAUGGAUAAAAAUAAUUUGGGCAAACCAAUUCAAAAUCCUGUCGAAUUUAUACCAUUGAUUCCAGACAAACAUGAUCAAGAAAAAAAAACAAAUUUAUGUAACGGUGAAGAGCCAUUGCUACAAAAAUUGAAUGAAGAUAAGGAUAUUAAAUCAGAAGCAACACCAACAAUGCCUACACAACAACUGAACGGUAACGCAAAGCAUGUACCAAAUGGUGUACAUUCAGAUAAAAUCAAUGACAAUGCAAAUGAUCAAAAACAAUUUCAACCAAUUUCACCAAAGCCAUCAAGAUACAGUCCGGUAUAUUCUCAUGAUACAGGCCGAGUUAAAAUUAAACUAAUUGAGACAACACGUCCGAAGACCCCAAUUCUUGUGACAAGAUCGGCCGACAAUGCAAUUAAUCAAUAAAAAUUGAUAUUUUUGACGUGAGAGAUAAAGAAAGAACCAGAAAAAAACUAAAAUUAAAACAAGAAAUAUCGAUAAAGACAAAAAACUUAAAAAUAAAUUCAAAAAUUGGGUUACAAUUGGUGUAAACAUCUGUGACACUUAGUAUAAAUGCGUAGAAUUGAGCGAAAUCAUAUUUUAAAUGUUUUUGUUUGUUUUUUUAUUAAGUCUCUAUUACAUUUUUUCCUGCAAGACUAGAGGUAAUGGGAGUAAAAUGAUACAUCACCCAAAUUUCGUGAUAAUAAUAACAUUAUGUAAUGUGUACCUGUCUGAAAAUGCGCAUUGAAUUUCUUUAAAUUUUGGUGGUGUAUCGCCCCACAUCCCGUAUAUAUUGAUUUAAUUAAAAAAAGCUAAUUUUUUUAAAUUAAAACAGAACAUUUUCCACUUACUUGAUAAUGUGCCAAAUGUAACAAGUUAGUGAGUUACACUACUGUAUUCCUACCAUUUUUUUAAGAAACCUUUGCAAUUGAAAUAAUUGGUUAUAUCAUAUACCAAAGAACAAAGAAGAAAAGUGGAAAAUUAAAUUAAAUCGUAUAAAUAAAAUAUAUUUGUAUCUGCCAAAGCAUACAAAUAUUUACAUACGACUAAAUAUUUAUUACGAUUAAAUAUUGCACCCGAAUAA